AUGGCAAAAUACAAAUUCGUGAAAAUUAUUGCAAUUCUUCUGCUGACAUGUUUCGCCAAUUCUGGUGUACUGGCCCAGGGAAAAGGCAACGGUAAGGGUAAUGGCAAAGGCAUGCCAAAUGGUAGGCCAUUUCAAAAUGGUGGUGGACCACCGGGCCAUAAUAAAAUGAAAGAACAUCCAGUGUUUGCUCAGCAUCCCUCCGAAACCAAGGGACCACCACACAAGGGUGGCAACAGCCAACCGCCAUUAAUUGUUCAGACACCACCGGAAAAUCUACCACCUCCAUCUUUCCCCUCAGCGCAAUAUCCAGUACAAGAUAAUCCCUAUCCACCACAAAAUCAAUGGCCUCAAGUGAUUAAUCCAAUACCCAACCAGCCGACUACUGGAAAUAAUCAAGGAAUUUUAAUAUCCCAGACCGUGGAUGAUCCCCUCUCCGCAAUGAAACAACCAAUUUACAAUCCAGUACCGCCAACACCUUCCCACCAUGGACCCAUUGGGCAGCCGAAUAAGGAUAGAACUGGAGAUUAUGAUGAGGAUAUUUAUCUGCCAAUUGAUAUUAGAAUUUCAUGA